GUAAAGUCGUCUUCGUCGCAUCUACAAGUUCACAACGAAGAAAAAACUUCUCAUCAACAGACUCAACAAGCUCGCCGUCGAAUGACUUGAUUUAUUCUGAACUAAGAACACGUACGGACAACGCAUAAAUUACUAUUAACUAUGGCGACAGCAAAGAGAGAACUGAAUUUGGUUGUCAUGAACGCAAACGGGCCGGGCAACGCAGAGAACAGGCGGAAAGGAAUCGCGAAACUGCUAGACGAAGAAGAACCUCUGUUAGUUUUCAUGCAAGAGUUUAACUGGAAGAACCUUCACCAAAGACAGUGGAGGAGUCUGGUAGUGCCGGAUUAUUAUCAAUAUGUUGGGCACGCGGAGGCCGGUUUUGUGUACGACACAAGGGAGAUAACUCUCACACGAUACGACAACAACACAGACGUCAUUCGUAUGCACGAACGGAUGCGGAAAAAGGGUGACUUUACGGAAUACGCCGAACUCCCCCGAAUGUGCAUCUGUAUGAUGGAGAGUAAAGGAGCCCCAAGUUUUAAACUGCUCGUCAUCUCUUGGCACGGACCCCACAACGGUUUCAAAACCUCCACGAAGGAAGAGGUGGUCAGGUCGUUUUGUGAGCUCGUCAUUUUACUCAAGGACGAAUAUCAACUCCCGGUGAUUGUGGGUGGAGACUUCAACUUGAAGGCGACCUCUGUGGAGAAGUGUCUGCACGAAGAUCUCCACGUGAUCAAACUGUCUAAGUUCACCAUAGACAUGUUACUGGUUGACAAGAACGACUCGCACAUCACAGACGAGGAUAAGCUCGAAAAAGUUAAGUGGAACACUGACAAAGAAAAGCUGGUCUUCGACCAUGUUCCACUGAAGAUAGCGUUUCAUCCUUGAGUCUCUCAUAGGACGAAUAUUGGUCCAGCAGUCGACGGGGUUAAUCUGGGUGGUGUUUGUUUUUUUCAGUUACAGCGGCUUGUUCAGGAGGGACAGCGUAAACUAACAAACUGACUGGUAUUUUCGUCUUCUGACAUUAAUUUACAUAACGUUAGGCGCAGAAACCAGUUUAGCGAACGACUGCGAGUGUCUAUGAAGGACCGGCCCCCUUGAACAUGCCUUAGGUGCGGGUGUGCGAGAGAGAGAGAG